UCACGCGAGUUAUAUCGAAGUAACUCUUGUUUUGACCAUUAAACCAUUGUGAUUGGCAUAUUUUCUUUUUAUGAUGGGGGUUUGUUUUUCAAGACGAAGGAUAUCUGUCGAAACCCACAGAUAUUGGGCUGCUAUAGCAACUUCUCUUGGCCUCGGCUGGCUUGGGACGGAAAACGUCAGGACGGAGAUGAAAACGUGCCAGCUUGCUGUUUUCCCUUAUCUGUUGAACUCCUCAGCUGCAGAAGACGAUUAUCUCGGCCUGGAGGAACAUCUUCGAGAGGAUGCGGAUAUCUCAUGUGGUGAUGAGCGCCGCCGGACACCUUUACAUGUGGCAGCAGGAGAGGGCUAUGAAAGGACUGUUCACUUCUUGCUGCAGCAGGGAGCCGAUGUGAAUGCCGUUGACCGUGAUGGAAUUACUCCACUUCGAGAUGCCAUAUACGCCAAGAGUCUGGAGGUGGUGAAGUUAUUAGUUUCUGCAGGGGCAUGUUUGGAAACAUCCUCAGAGGAACUUGGGGCUGAGAUGUGCUAUCUUGCAUCCCUUGGAGACACAGAACAGAUGGAGGCGUUUAAGACGGCUGGAGUCAGUUUGAAUGUUUCUGAUGUUCACGGCCGAACUCCCUUACAUGUGGCAGUGUGCACAAAUCAACCUGAAGUGGUGAAGUUCUGUAUCAGCAAUGGAUCCGAUCUUGAGCAAAGAGACAGGUUGAACAACAGGCCUCUAGAUGAUGCUCAAAGACUAGGCUUACAACACUUGGAGGAGUUGUUGAGUUAUCCGGUCAACCAGGCCACAGAACAGUGAGGAACAGCAGCUGUCUGUACUUAUCAAAUGGUUCAAAGGUUAAAGUUAAUUGCCAUUGGCUCUUUUAGAUAAUUGAUUAAUUAAUUUUUAAAAGCAUUGUUUCAAGGAUGGAAAAAUGUUUGUUUUUAGACGUUUUUAGAACAUUUAAAAUCGGUUAAUAAAACAUUUCUAACAUUA